AUGGCGGCCGAAAGACCCGACAAGAAGGCCAAGAAGGACAAGAAGCGCAGCGACGAGUCGGGAGUAGCCAAGCCCAAGAAGGACCGCAAGGACAAGAAGGACCGAAAGGACAAGCAGGAGAAGCUCGCCGCCGCGCUCGACGAGAAGCUGCAGCACGAUGCCGCCGCUCAGGUCAGGGCCGAGAGGGAGGACGAUUCCGACAUGGAGGACCAGAGCCCCGCCGAGCUGCCGCUCGAGAGGACGGUCGUGCCGUUUGCCGUGCCGCUGGCCGGCGAGAAGGGCAUGAAGAAGGUGUACAAGACCAUCAAGAAGGCUGCUAGGAACGGCACGCUCAAGCGCGGCGUCAAGGAGGUCGUCAAGACGCUCCGCAAGUCGCCGGCCGGGGGGGCCGGGGGGCCCGGGAACGCGUCUUUCCCCGGCGUCGUCGUCAUUGCCGGCGACAUUUCUCCCCAGGACGUCAUCUCGCACAUUCCGGUGCUGUGCGAGGACCACAACGUGCCCUUUGUCUUCAUCACGUCGCGGGCCGAGCUGGGCGCCGCCGCCAAGACCAAGCGGCCUACCAGCGUGGUCAUGGUCAUGGAGAAGCAGGACGGCAAGAAGAAGGCCGUCGCGAAGGAGGACAAGGGGGACGACGACGAGUCGUUUGGCGAGGCGUACGCUUCGUUGGUGAAGCUCGUGCAGAAGGAGUACUCGAAGCAGUCGUUCUGGACCAAGGGGGAGUCGAAGGCAUAG